AAAUAUUUUCAAUUGUUUUGAUUGACAUAACAUUGUAUGCAAUGCUGUGUUGUGUUUGUCUAUAAAUAAAACCAUUGAAUGAAAACUUUAGUUAACAUUUGGUACAGAUAUUUGUUAUCUUAAAAGUUGAUCCAAUUGGUGAUCAAACAUGUCUCGUGGUUUGGGAGGUAUCGGAAAAAUUGAGCAAAAGAUAAAAGACAGACAAGAGAUCACCGAUAAGCAGAUUUCAAGUGCAUUUCAAGACUUAAACAAACUUAUGGAUAUGGCUCAACAAAUGGUCGAACUAUCGAAAGGUAUCACAAAGAAGUUAAAAGAUAAAGGAAAUGACAUUUCCAAAGAUGAGACCGUUGUAUUUAAAUCUCAUUUACUAAGUCUUGGUAUUAGUGAUCAAUCAGAUGAUCCAGUUGUUAGAUCACAGUUUUCCAGUGAUAAUAAAUACUACUUAGAGUUAGGCAAACAAAUUGAGAAAAUAGUGAAACCAAUUAUUGAAGAAAGUGGUGGACAAAUGUCUUUGACAGAUGUCUUCUGUACAGUCAAUAGAGCCCGAGGUUUUGAUUUAAUAUCAGUCGAGGAUCUGUUGAAUGCCUGUUCAACGUUUGAAUUACAAAACUAUGGCCUAAAAUGUGUUAAAUACAAGAGUGGACUCAUUGUACUCCAGAGUAAUAAUUACAAUCAAAACUCUAUGAAUAAUAAGAUAUUAGAUUUACUCGAAACCAAUGACUCAGUUUCGGGUCAGGAACUGGCGCUCAGCGCCAGUAUAUCACUUGCAUUGGCCCGACAGAGACUUUUUGACUGCGAAAACAUCGGUAUUGUCUGUAGAGAUGAAAGCAUUUAUGGCUUACGAUUUUUUCCCAAUAAAUUUGUUUAA